GUAUUCAUUAUGUAGCAAUUCCUUUAGUAAUAUAUUGAUUGAAAAAUGUUAACAAUGAAAUUAAGUGAUUCAAUUUAGAGUAGGCUAGCCUUGGGGUGUAAUGCAAACAUGAUGCCCUUAACAGAGGAGAAAGGAAUAGUUCUGGAAAAUUCUACUGAAAUGUGUGUGGACCCCAUAUCAUUUUUUUUUUUUUUCAUUCUGAGGACUGUUUCUGCUAGCAAGCUAGCUAAACCUGAUUCUAGCCUUACACACACUGGUGGGGGACAAAGGAUUUUGGGACCCAAUGACUGGAAUAAACUGAUAGAAUUCUUCCUCUCUACCAAGAUGUCAAAAAGAGAAAGAGAAAGGCCAUAUGCCCCUCCCCCUCCCCCAGCCCCUACAACACAAUUGCCCAACACCCCCGGGUUUGUGGGGUACAACCCAUACAGCCAUCUGGCUUACAACAACUACAGGCUGGGAGGGACAACAAGCAGCAACAGUCGGGCAACGAAUUCUUCAGGAAUAAACAUUCCAAAGCCACCCAAGCCACCAGACAAGCCGUUGAUGCCUUACAUGCGAUAUAGUCGCAAGGUUUGGGAUCAAGUAAAAGCCUCCAAUCCCGAUCUGAAGCUAUGGGAAAUUGGGAAGAUAAUCGGUGGCAUGUGGAGGGACCUCACUGAUGAGGAGAAACAGGAUUACUUGAAUGAUUACGAAGCAGAGAAGAUUGAGUACAAUGAGAGCAUGAAAGCCUACCACAACUCUCCAGCCUACCUUGCUUACGUCAACGCUAAGAGCCGUGCCGAGGCUGCUCUGGAGGAGGAAAGCCGACAGCGCCAGUCUCGUCUCGACAAGGGCGAGCCAUACAUGAGUAUCCAGCCAGCAGACGACCCAGACGAUUACGACGACGGAUUCUCCAUGAAGCACUCGGCCGCCGCCCGUUUCCAGCGCAACCACCGUCUGAUCAGCGAGAUCCUGAGCGAGAGCGUGGUCCCCGACGUGCGCUCCGUCGUCACUACCGCCCGCAUGCAGGUCUUAAAACGGCAGGUCCAGUCUCUGAUGGUGCACCAGAGGAAGCUAGAGGCAGAGCUACUUCAGAUUGAAGACCGCCACCAGGACAAGAAAAGGAAAUUCAUUGAUGCCACGGAGUCUUUCACCAGCGAGCUGAAAAGGCUGUGUUGUAUGAAAGUGGAGGUGGACAUGGAGAAGAUAUCUGCAGAGGUUGCUGCGGCAGAGGAGGCAUCCCGCAAGCGUAUGUCGGAGCGGGAGAAAGAGGCAUCCACGUCCUCUAGCCUGGAGGAGGAGCAGAAACCAGUUGGUCCGUCAAACAGCAGCAAAAGCCAGCAUGAGUCUGUCAGUGACAGCAGCAACAAGGAGAGAGAGGAGACGGAACCCAGCCUCAUGGAUACUGGUGAGAAGUCAAAAGCCUCGGAGGAGUCGGCGGCUCGUCCUGACAGUGAGGUUGAGGAGGGUGCGCCGUCAGAGGACAAGGAGAGUGUUCCGGAAGGGGUGAUGGAGGAGGGCACCAGUGACAGUAACACGGGGUCGGAGACCACCUCUGCCGUGACGGAGGACGCCCCGCCCAGCGAGCCAGCAGCCUCAGAAGGGCCCAGCAGGGCACGCCCUGCCGCCCACUGAGGAGUCAACCUCUGACCUUUGGGCCGAGAAAUGUCCAUGAUGUGUCACUCCAUCUCUUCAGUCACACUCAGAUGAUAACACAUUGUACAUUAUCAUCUAUGUGAAAAAAUCUGUGUUUAGAUGGGCUUUAUUUCAAAUGUGAAGUUUUAUGCAAUUGGUUGAAUCUUCGGAGCUCUGUUGACAGGGUCAAAAUGGAUCUGCUGUCAAUUUGCAAAGCGCUUCAAGUCUGCAAAGCAAAGUAAUUAUCCCAACGAAAAUGAAUGACAUCUAAAUUGAGUCACAAUAAGCCCACGUGAAUUCACCGUAUUUCCAUCACAGACCACGGUGGCAGUCGAAACCAACCAUCCAUCCUGUCAAUAUAUCAAAACAUAUCUCCUGUCUUAUUCAAUGGUACUAUAUCUGGCAGACACCAGAUCUUACCGAUUGAGGCUGGUUGUAAAAACUGUCACAAAAAAUAAGUUGUUCAAUGUUUAAUUACUUGUUCUUUAUAGUGUAAUGUUAUUGUUGCUUUCAAUUUUAUUUUUGCAUGGUGUCGCAACUCCUCAAAUGAAAGAGUUUGCUUAGUAGACUCUGGCCGAUAUUUUUUUAUGUUUACUCGUAAGUAUCAGUAUUAAGUGACAGUAUUGUCUCAGGAGUUAGUAGAAAUAAGUCGUUGUUUUCAUUAUUUAUUAUUAUUCUUGUGUAUUGUGAGUCCUGGGCCCAGUCCAUCCGUCCACCAACCUGUUGUAUGCUAGGAGUUCAUCCAUGCUGUACAAUGCUCUACCAGUCAGUGUUCUAAAGUCUGCUAGCUCUCAAUCAAAUCAAAAGCUGUAUGCUUAGAACAACCUUUCAGUGUUAUGUGAUUUUGAUCAGUAGUACAGUGUUCAACCCAGAACAAACUCUUAAAUGUUAAUAUGCAAUGUAAUAAGCAGUGUUACAAGGUUUGCUUGAACGUGAGUGGUUUUUAAUCUCAUCCUAAAGCAACUUGAGCAGAGCGAGUCAUCAACAUACCGUCUUAAAAUCGAUUUUGUUUGACAUAUUUAUACCAAUAAACUUUUCUACCCUGA